CAUACAUGAUGUUGCUAGGAUACAGCUACAGUGUAGCUCAAGAUCACAUAGCGAUAUUGUAGCAAGUAGUUUUGCCAGUUCAGUUCGUGAAAAAAGCGUAAUCAGCACUGGAACAAAAAGUUGUUUCGUGAUAAAUGGAUCACACAAGCAAACAAGAUGACUGCAGCUUCCUAUAAACUUGAUGAUGGACAGAACUAUCCCACCAAAUGUUUCCCAGCCCGGACAUUACUCCGCCGAAGAAAAGAAGGCGCUGGUCAUUGGCUUGUGGCUUAUAGAAAGGCAGAGGAGCAGAAAUACAGGAAUGUGCAUAGAAGAAUAAAAGAGACUUGUGAGAACAGGGGAGCUGAUACUCCUCAUGGUAACACAUUAGAUGGACUUUUCCUGCUCCAGUUACAUUGUGUUGAUAAGCCGUCUGAGCUCUGCUCUGUUGACAUCAGUGAGCAGAAACUGAACUCUGUCAAGUCAGAGGACCUCAAGGUGUUUUGCAAUGUAGCUUACAUCGAUGCAUCUAUUAACUCCCUCUCUUUAGGGUCUUUCAGCAGUUUUGUGUCAUUAAGAGAACUCAAUCUGUCGUUAAACGGGCUUUGCAGCAUGACGUUUCAUGCUGCUGACUUUCCUCAUCUCGAGGUUUUGGAUUUGUCCUACAACAGUUUGUCAGAUGACGAUAUUGUUUCCAUCGGUCGGCUUCCACGUCUAAAAGUCCUUCAUCUGACAGGAAAUCAGCUUCGUCAUCUUCCUCCUAAUCUGGGAUCGUCCAGCCAUGAUGCCGCUCAACUGCCAGCUGAAGAAGAAGGAGACACACAGUUUAAAGCUCUUGAAGUCCUGAUGCUUGACGACAACAAACUGUCCUCUGGAGUCUUCAACAGUCUUACAAACCUUAAGAGGCUAAAGUAUUUAAACCUACAGGGGAACCGCAUUUCUGAAAUACCAUAUUUGCAACUGACGGGCUGUUCAAACCCUUUGCAGACUUCUACUGAAGAGCAAGCUGAAGAAGAGGGACUUGCAAACACUGAGCCAAAUCCUAACACUGAUGAACAUUUCAAGAGAAUCUCACAGUUCUUUCCCACGGAAAACUGGGACGAGUACUGCAAAGGAUCCAGUUUGCCACUACCAGAGCUUCAGUUCCUCAGUUUAGCUGACAACAAGAUUGCAGAGGAAGAAGCACUGAUGGCUGUCGCUCUUUUUCCAAUGCUGCAAGAAGUCGAUAUUCACUCCAACCCUCUGGCCACACAGAGAAGUGGAGACCCUCCCUUACUGACCUAUUACCUUCAAGAGAGACUGGGGAUAACAGUAAAGCGUAAGAAGACACAGGAAGCUGUGAAGCUCCCACUGAAGGUGUCCACUGAGCCAAAAUGGAAGGUGGAAGAAAGAAUCCCAAAGGUGUCAAAGAAGCCACUGCUGAGGGAUGCACCUCGUCCUGCUCAAGUUGAGAAAAGUGAGGUGACUGUCGGGAGAACAUCAGAAUCCCUCCAAGAAGAUACAGAGCACUUCUUUGUUACUCAGGCAACAGAUGUUCCUGAGUAUGAGUUUGAUCUUCAAGCUGAUGAGAAGGAAACUGCAGAGAGAAACAAGGACGAUGCCAUUCCUGAAAGAUUCACAUGCUACGAAAUGUUGAUGGAUGCAAAACCAAACCCUGAUGUGGUGGAGCCUGUUGGAAUUCAAACAGCUGUUCGGAUGCUGGAACACACACUGAAGAAUCUUAACGUCUACAGAGACUCGAAACCAAAACUUGAUAGCAUCCAGACACCAUACAGAGAAAGAAAGAAAAGGAUUAAGGAACUUCCACCUUUGAAACCAAUGAAGCAGCCACUUGAAAGGGUUGAUGAAAUGAUCAAGGAAAUCAAAGAGAGUACAGCCAUAAGAGAAGUCUCCUUAAGCAGUGCCAUGCACAGCACGGGCGUUAGCAGGCAAGAAUAUACGGAAGCUCUAUCGCUGCUGAGGGAUAUGAAGACAAAGUACAAGAUGGUCCAUAAGAAAACAAUGGAACAAGCAGCUGGCAUUGAGUCUGAGAGAAACACCAACCAAAACGGAGCUGAACCUCCACCUGUGCAGAUGCCCUAAUACAAACUCAAGUGCUUAGCUAAACUGUGACUUUCUUCUCGUCUUCAGUAACACUUUGUUGAUGUUGGAAUACAUUUAGUGUGAGAACAACUGAUGCGAAAACCAUGGGUGGCGUCUGCUGAAAUGACUGUGUUUCUGUGUGUUCCAAUCAGUAUGUCUGAUUAUUACGGUGACAAGGAUAGAUGAUGGUCUUGAGCAGCUGCACCACCACUGCUAUGACCAGAAUUAAUCCAGCAUGCAUGCAUAGUAUGCAUCAACUGUGGGUCUCUAGCUGUAACAAUAAAAUGUUGACUGGGUCUUCUGCUGGGGAGAGCAAGUUUAAACGGUUUGUGUACAUUUGCAUCUUUUCAGUCUAAAAAGAGGUUUCAGUGUUUCCUGUCUCUAUAAGCAUCUCCUUGAACACCCCAGCCUGUAGUUACUAGUGAUGUGUUUAAUUCCAAUAUUAGGCAACAGGCUGUGAUAAUUAGUGAAGAAGAUGUGGACUCCAGCACACAUCCUGUAAGCCUCCACUCUGCUGAAGUGUCCUGGGGCAAUAAAGCAACGCCGCUAUAUAUGCAACUGCUCUGACUUCCUUCACUGAUUUAACUUUUCACCUUCUGACCAGUGAAGAAAGACAACAGAAUUGUGUAGAUGAAUAAAAUAUCAAAACAAAA